GAACAAAUGCAAAUUUUUUUAUAGGUGACGAAAUAUUUUAUUUAUUAGCUGUUAAUAUUUAAAUAAAUAUUAUCAAACUAACUUUAUUUAUUUAUAUGUUAUUGGAGUACUUACUAUUUUAGUUGUUUUGUGCCUAUGGUUUCUAUUGGGCUCAUAGCCUGUGUAAAUUUUGUGCCCUGGUCGUGUGCAUAAGAAAGCCUGAGAAGUUAUUUUUCCUAAAUUCUACAUGGAUGGUAUUGGAGCUCUUUUCUUGGGAAUUCCUGUAAACAAUCGUACCAGUUCGUUUUCCGAUCUGUCGGCCGAUCACCAACUCUGGUCGCGAACUGUCCGUCGAUCGCCAAGGUUGGCCGCCGAUCUGUCACUGUCCAAUCUACUCGCCGAUCGCGACUCGUCCAGCCGCCGAUCUGUCCGUCGGUCCCUAAGUCUGAUCGUCAAGGUCGAUUGUUAUUAUCCAUCAGUUUGGUCGUCACAUGCUUAGGGAAUUUUGAGAAAAGCUCCAGUAGUUUGCAAAAGUUACCCGCACCGGCCGCACGCAAUUGCUCACUGAAGGGUUUGCGAGCAGAGCCUUACAUUGAAAACGGGGAUUGGACGGGGUGAAUUGCGAAAUGGAGUGUACAUUUUCAGCAAUACUUCUGCCAAAGCUCUGGCCUCUACCACUGAUCCUGUUCUCAUUCAUCAGCGUCUUGGUCAUCCGUCUCCAAAAAUAUCCUCUUUUCUUGGUCUAAAUAACAACAACUCCAUUGU